AGUCGGUUUGAUUGCCGGUAACGGGUCACCGGCGAGACCGACAGAUAUGUUGAGAAAAGACGAAAGAGUUUCAUGUUAUUUGCUUAGGCUUUUAGCCAAACUAAUAAGAGCCGUCUUCACUUUGUCUUUAGUUGUUUUAUUUUGAACAAAUACUCUCUCCGUUUACCAAAGGUCAUUUCUUUCUCUCACUUUGAUUAGAUUUCUAUCUUCCUCCUUUCUCAGAAAUUCUCAUUCGAUCUUGUUGUUAACGAUGAGGAGGUGCUUCUCCAAAAUUACUGAUUGCUACUUGGGUUUCAAGAAUUCCAACUUCUUCUUGGUAAAGGUUGGUUCUGAAGUUGGGUCAGGUUCAGUUACAAGAACCAUUACUACUACUAGUGAGCGUUCAUUUAGCACUAGUUAUGCAGCUCAUCAAGUUGAUCAGACCAAAGACAGUCCUGUCUCUGACAUGUUGAUUGAUUCUUUUGGUCGGUUACAUACCUACUUGAGAAUAUCUUUGACAGAGCGGUGUAACCUCCGGUGUCAGUAUUGUAUGCCUUCUGAAGGUGUGGAGCUUACUCCUAAGCCCCAGUUGUUGUCACAGUCUGAGAUUGUUAGGUUGGCUGGUCUUUUUGUUUCUGCUGGGGUUAACAAGAUUCGGUUGACCGGUGGUGAGCCUACCAUUAGGAAUGAUAUCGAAGAGAUUUGUCUCCAGUUGUCUAGUUUAAAAGGGUUGAAGAAUCUGGCUAUUACUACCAACGGUAUCACUCUUGCGAAAAAGCUACCUAAGCUUCAAGAAUGCGGGCUUGAUUCGCUAAAUAUUAGCUUGGAUACUUUGGUCCCAGCAAAGUUUGAGUUUCUGACUAGGCGUAAAGGGCACGAUAGGGUUAUGAAAUCGAUUGAUACUGCUAUUGAGCUUGGAUACAAUCCUGUGAAAGUCAAUUGUGUUGUCAUGAGGGGAUUGAAUGAUGAUGAGAUUUGUGAUUUUGUGGAGUUGACACGCGAGAAGCCAAUCAAUGUUCGGUUCAUCGAGUUUAUGCCAUUUGAUGGAAAUGUUUGGAACGUGAAGAAACUUGUGCCUUAUGCAGAAGUGAUGGAUAAAGUGGUCAAGCGCUUUCCGAGUAUAAAACGUAUGCAAGAUCACCCGACUGAAACAGCUAAGAACUUUACGAUCGAUGGGCAUUGCGGUUCUGUUUCUUUCAUCACAUCCAUGACAGAACACUUCUGUUCUGGCUGCAAUAGAUUAAGACUUCUUGCAGAUGGGAACUUCAAAGUUUGCUUGUUUGGUCCUUCAGAGGUUAGUUUGAGAGAUCCUCUCCGGUCUGGUGCUGAUGACGAGGCACUCAGGGAAAUUAUAGGCGCUGCUGUGAAGAGGAAGAAAGCCGCACACGCUGGAAUGCUUGACAUUGCCAAAACAGCUAAUAGACCAAUGAUACACAUUGGUGGCUAAGCUCCACUGAACGUUGGUGAAGUUCCUGAAAAUUCACUACAAGGAACGUUUGAGUUUUAUAGAUAGUAAGAAUCUAUCCGCUGGUCCCAACUCUGUGACAAACUUUUUUGCAAACAAGAAGACUGAAGUGUGUCUCAAAAUGUUUCUUCUCUGUAUACGUAACAGACACUAGUACACCACUGUACAGGAACUCAGAACCUUUUCAGUCCAAUUACUUUUCUUAUUUAUGGCACAAAAAAAAUCAAAUAUAAGCUAAAAA